UGUUAACGAAUCUUCUGAUUGGUCAAGAGCGGAACUUGCCGUAACCAAUCGUCUGUAAGCGCAGCACAAUUCAAAGCGGCGGUUAGAGGGCAGCAACCGAUUCAGUAAAUAGUCAUUUUUACCCGCCUGUAGUGGGGAUAGCAGAGAGAACUGAAUCGCGGCGUAGCCGCUACGAACGGGAACAUGUCAUACAAGAACAUUUACUACUCGGACAAGUACACGGAUGAACACUUCGAGUACAGGCAUGUUAUGUUACCCAAAGAGUUGGCCAAGCAAGUACCCAAAACUCAUCUUAUGUCAGAAGAAGAAUGGCGAAGGCUUGGUGUGCAGCAAAGUCUGGGAUGGGUCCAUUAUAUGAUUCAUGAACCAGAGUCAGCGCAGUGGAGCCCACGGGGCCAUCUUCAGAGAUUCUGUAACCUUCAAGCCGCACAUUCUGCUUUUUAGAAGACCCCUUCCAAAAGAUCAACAGAAAUGAACUGCUUUGUGUUUAUUCUUUUGGGACAAUAUGUACAUACUGUAGUAUUCAGUGAAUACAAAGACUCUCAGCCAUACAAACACAACUGUGCACGAGCUGUAUAAACGGCAAAGCGCUCAGUUAGUGAACCUUUAAAUGGAGCUGCUAUUUUACGUUCUUUAUGUGUAUUUCCCCUCUUCUGUCAUGGCUGUUGUGAAUCACCACUUUUCCCCGUCUGUUUAAUAAAGUUUACAUGUUGCAUGUCUGAUCUUAAA